AUGGGCUUAGCUUUUUUAGCCUCUUCUUCUGCAUUUCUAACUAGACCUCUGCUAAUUCAAUUUGUACGCUUCUCACCAAUCGGUUUCCAUUCCAUUGUAAGACGCUUUAAGCCAUUCACAAGUAUAUCCCGCUACUAUACAAAAAAGCCUUACAACAUGACUUCAAACUUUAAGACGCUCGUUCGGGACUUUUUGAAACCGGAUUUGGACGAAAGAUCAUAUCGAUACAUUGAAUUGCCAAAUAAAUUGAAGGCUCUGUUGAUUCAGGACCCAAAAGCUGACAAGGCAGCUGCUUCUUUGGACGUUAAUAUCGGUGCCUUUGAAGACCCGGAAAAGCUUCCUGGUUUGGCCCAUUUCUGCGAGCAUCUUUUGUUCAUGGGUUCUGAGAAAUUUCCUGACGAAAACGAAUACUCGAGUUUUUUAAGUAAGCAUGGUGGUUCAUCCAACGCCUACACUGCGUCACAAAACACAAACUAUUUCUUCGAAGUUAAUCAUCAGCAUCUGUUUGAUGCUUUGGAUAGGUUCUCAGGGUUUUUCUCUUGUCCGCUUUUCAAUAAGGAUUCUACUGAUAAAGAAAUCAACGCUGUCAACAGCGAAAACAAGAAAAACUUACAGAACGAUAUUUGGAGGAUUUACCAAUUGGACAAGUCGUUGACUAAUACAAAACAUCCAUACCAUAAAUUUUCCACAGGAAAUAUCGAAACUUUGGGUACAUCACCCAAAGAAAACGGGCUAAACAUUAGGGAUGAAUUGUUGAAGUUUCAUAAAGAUUUUUACUCUGCUAAUUUAAUGAAGUUAUGUAUCCUUGGUAGGGAAGACCUUGAUACUCUAUCUGAUUGGGUGUAUGAUUUGUUCAAGAAUGUUUCUAAUAAUGGCCGUGAAGUACCAUAUUACGCAGAGCCAAUUAUGCAGCCUGAACAUUUGCAAAAAAUUAUUCAGGUUCGUCCUGUGAAGGAUUUGAAAAAACUAGAAAUUUCUUUCGCAGUACCUGAUAUGGAGGAACAUUGGGAAUCCAGGCCACCGAGGAUAUUAAGCCAUUUGAUCGGCCAUGAGGGCUCUGGUUCUUUAUUAGCUCAUUUAAAAAAACUUGGCUGGGCUAAUGAGUUAUCUGCUGGUGGGCAUACUGUAUCAAAGGGUAAUGCUUUUUUUGCUGUGGAUAUAGACUUGACAGACAAUGGAUUGAUACAUUAUCGUGAUGUUAUUAUCCUGAUUUUCCAGUACAUUGAAAUGUUGAAAAACUCUCUACCACAAAAAUGGAUAUUCAAUGAACUGCAAGAUAUUUCUAAUGCCACUUUCAAAUUUAAGCAGGUGGGUAGGCCUUCAUCGACAGUUUCCUCAUUGGCAAAAUGCUUGGAAAAGGACUAUAUUCCCGUUGAUAGAAUUUUAGCCAUGAGUUUAUUAACCAAGUAUGAACCAGAUUUGCUUACCCAAUAUAUGGAUGCUUUAGUCACUGAAAACUCUCGUGUCACUUUGAUUUCAAGGACUUUAGAAACUGAUUCUAGCGAAAAAUGGUAUGGCACCGCAUAUAAAGUGUUAGAUUAUCCCUCGGAUUUGAUAAGGGACAUGAAAUCUCCAGGUUUGAACCCGGCACUAACUUUACCCCGUCCCAAUGAAUUUGUUUCAACAAAUUUCAAAGUUGAUAAAAUAGACGGCAUAAAACCAUUAGACGAACCCAUAUUAUUGUUAUCUGAUGGAGGCAGCAGAUUAUGGUACAAGAAGGAUGACCGAUUCUGGCAACCAAGAGGCUACAUUUACUUAUCUUUUAAAUUACCACAUACGCAUGCAAGCAUCGUCAAUAGUAUGCUUUCCACACUAUACAUUCAAUUAGUUAACGAUGCUUUGAAAGAUCUACAAUAUGAUGCCGCUUGUGCUGAUCUUCGUAUAUCGUUCAGUAAAACUAAUCAGGGUCUUGAUAUUACUGCGUCUGGGUUUAAUGAAAAAUUGAUCAUUUUAUUGACAAGGUUUUUGCAAGGGGUUACUUCUUUUGAACCUAAGAAGGACCGUUUUGAAAUCCUGAAAGACAAGACCAUUCGUCAUUUGAAGAAUCUUUUAUACGAAGUCCCAUAUUCACAGAUGUCAAAUUACUAUAAUGCUUUAAUAAAUGAGCGUUCUUGGUCAACCGUAGAGAAACUACAAGUUUUUGAAAAAUUGACAUUUGAACAAUUAAUCAACUUCAUACCAACUAUUUAUGAAGGUGUUUUUUUUGAGACUUUAAUUCACGGAAAUAUCAAACAUGAAGAAGCAGUGGAAGUGGAUUCGUUAAUUAAGUCAUUGAUUACCAAUAACAUCAAUAAUUUGCAAGUCGCCAACAAUCGUCUGAGAUCUUACUUACUUCCAAAAGGUAAAAGCUUUCGAUACGAAACUGCUUUAAAAGAUUCUCAGAAUGUUAACUCAUGUAUUCAACAUGUCACUCAAUUAGAUGUUUAUUCUGAAGAGCUAUCUGCCUUAAGUGGACUAUUCGCGCAAUUGAUUCAUGAGCCAUGCUUCGAUACCUUAAGAACAAAAGAGCAAUUAGGCUAUGUCGUUUUCAGUUCGAGUUUAAACAAUCAUGGCACAGCAAAUAUCAGGAUCUUAAUUCAAUCAGAACAUACUACACCAUACCUAGAAUGGAGGAUAAAUAACUUUUAUGAAACUUUUGGCCAAAUUUUGAGGGAUAUGACAAAAGAAGAUUUUGAAAAACAUAAAGAGGCGUUGUGUAAUAGUCUAUUGCAGAAGUUCAAAAAUAUGGCUGAGGAAAGCGCUAGAUAUACCGCGGCAAUUUACUUGGGUGACUACAAUUUUACACAUCGUCAAAAGAAGGCUAACCUUGUUGCUAAAAUUACAAAGCAACAAAUGAUAGAUUUCUAUGAAAAAUACAUAAUAGGUGAGAACACGUCAAAAUUGAUCAUUCAUUUAAAAUCGCAAGUGGAAAAUAAGGAGCUUGAUGAAAAUGAAUUAGACACCGCUAAGUAUCCAACUGGCCUAUUGAUUGAAGAUGUCGGGGCAUUCAAGUCGACUCUGUUUGUGGCUCCCGUUCGUCAACCGAUGAAAAAUUUCGAGAUUUCUGUGCCUGCGAAAUUAGAAUUAAAUAAAAAAUGA